AUGUAGAAUUACUUCAAAUUGAUAGCAGAAGAUUUUAAAAAAGGUAUCACAAAGCCGAAUCUCAUUGUCUAAUGUGCGUAAAUGAGUUACCACCGUUUAAGUGAAAAAAAACUUAACAGACAAGCCAAAAUUGCUUCUUAAAUAAUUAAUGUUAUGGAAACACAUCUUCAAAAGGUCCAAUACUUCAAAGAAAGGUGGAAUAUUUAAAAGGGUUUAGAUGCUAAUAAAUUUUAGCAUUUUACCAAGUCUUACUGA